AGGGGCGGGUUUUCGGCGGGGCCAACCCACGGUGGGGGGAGCGCGGCCAUGGCGCUCCUGCUUUCGGUGCUGCGUGUACUGCUGGGCGGCUUCUUCGCGCUCGUGGGGUUGGCCAAGCUCUCGGAGGAGAUCUCGGCUCCAGUUUCGGAGCGGAUGAAUGCCCUGUUCGUGCAGUUUGCUGAGGUGUUCCCGCUGAAGGUAUUUGGCUACCAGCCAGAUCCCCUGAACUACCAAAUAGCUGUGGGCUUUCUGGAACUGCUGGCUGGGUUGCUGCUGGUCAUGGGCCCACCGAUGCUGCAAGAGAUCAGUAACUUGUUCUUGAUUCUGCUCAUGAUGGAGCACUUCCUGCUCUACCACAGUUUCCAUGGUCUUCAAACUAGCACAGGGGCUAUCUUCACCUUGGCAGCUCUGAAAGAGUCACUAAGCACCUGUAUCCCGGCCAUUGUCUGCCUGGGGUUCCUGCUGCUGCUGAAUGUCGGCCAGCUCUUAGCCCAGACUAAGAAGGUGGUCAGACCCACUAGGAAGAAGACUCUAAGUACAUUCAAGGAAUCCUGGAAGUAGAGCAUCUCUGUCUCUUUAUGCCAUGCAGCUGUCACAGCAGGAACAUGGUAGAACACAGUCUAUCAUCUUGUUACCAGUAUAAUAUCCAGGGUCAGCCAGUGUUGAAAGAGACAUUUUGUCUACCUGGCACUGCUUUCUCUUUUUAGCUUUACUACUCUUUUGUGAGGAGUACAUGUUAUGCAUAUUAACAUUCCUCAUGUCAUAUGAAAAUACAAAAUAAGCAGAAAAGAAAUUUAAAUCAACCAAAAUUCUGAUGCCCCAAAUAACCACUUUUAAUGCCUUGGUGUAAGUAUACCUCUGAACUUUUUUCUGUGCCUUUAAACAGAUAUAUAUAUUUUUAAAUGAAAAUAAAACCAUAUAUCCUAUUUUAUUUCCUCCUUUUAAAACCUUAUAAACUAUAACGCUGUUUCA